UCUCGCGAGACAUACGCUCCUGACGAGACUUCUGAAUGAGCUGAUCUACAUGCUUAGUGGAUGUAAGCAAGUAAGUGUACAAGUUAUUUAUAGUUAGUUCGACAAUGGAGGUCAACACCGAGCAGAAAAGCAGGAUAACAGGAGCGAAGCUGAAGGUCGCAGUGGUGGGCGCGGGCGUGGUGGGCUUCUCCACGGCCGUGCGCGUGGCCGAGGCUCUCCCCCGCUGCUCCGUCACCCUGCUGGCCGACAAGUUCAGCCCGGACACCACCAGCGACGGGGCCGCCGGGAUCCUGUUUGCGGGACAGUUUCCAGAUAUUCCUUUGGAACGCCAAAGACACUGGUUCCAGGACAGCUUUGACCACCUCCUGGCUAUCGCCAAGUCCCAUCACGCUCCCGAGGCCGGAGUCUUCCUCAGCUCUGGCUGUCAAAUCUUCAAGGAGCCCCCGGCCGACAAGAGGCCCUACUGGUGGGAUACGGUGUUUGGCUUUCGCUUCCUGAGCGAACGCGAGCUGCGUCACUUUCCCGAGCACACGUUUGGCCAGGCCUUCACCACCAUCAAGUGCGAAUGCUCCAGCUACCUGCCCUGGCUACGCAACAGAUUCACAAAAGCCGGCGGUAAAGUGGCGCAGAGGAAAGUGUCCAGUUUUGAGGAGUUGAGCCCGGACUACGAUGUCAUCGUCAACUGCUCAGGCCUGGGAUCCAAGGAGCUGGCGAGAGACGACAGGGUGUACCCGGUCCGGGGCCAGGUCCUGAAGGUGGACGCCCCCUGGCUGCAGCACUUCAUCCGCGACGGGGACGGGAAGACGUACAUUUAUCCCGGCUCCCGCUAUGUCACUCUGGGCGGCACCCGGCAAGACGGAGAUUGGCGCCUGGAGGCGGACCCCGGUGAUACGGAGAACAUCCUGGAGCGCUGCUUCCGGCUGGAGCCGUCCCUGCGUCGGGGGAGAGUUCUGGGGCAGUGGGUCGGGCUGAGGCCCGGCAGGAGGAACCCCAGAGUGGAGAGUGAGGCGACCCGAUUGGGCGGCGGCCACGGGGCGCAUGUGGUGCACAACUAUGGCCACGGAGGCUGGGGCGUCUCCCUAGCCUGGGGGACGGCCGUGGACGCCGCCAGGCUGGUGAGGCGCUGCCUUCAGGAAACGCAUCCGCAUGCUAAACUGUGAUCUUCUACUGCCUUUAAACGCAUCAUCACUGACUAACCAACUAAA